AAACGAAUUUGACCAACGAUAACUGAGUUAUACGUCAUCAAAUUGCGACAUUAGCUACACCAUACCAAAAAUGAGCAAACGUUUACCUAAAAAUCUGUAGCUGUAAAAGUGACAGGAUUAGCUAAUACACUUAUUUUGUCUGUUCUCAGUCCAAAACAUAAGAACCAACUCUUGAAAUAGCGUCAUCCGCGUCAGGAGGAAAAACGUGCUGUUUCAUCAGUUCUAGCAAGGUAACGUUACAUGGUAGUUAGCCAGCGUAGCUACGUUAGUCGUUAACAAUAAUCAUUCUGGCAUUUACUAGGUUAGCUGCAUAGAAAGUUUAAUCUGUUCAAAGGUGUCAUCUGGCCUGCUUCCUGCUUUUGUUGAGGUGUCGGCUUGUUUGACAGAAUGGACAAAGAUGAGCUGGUGGAGUACUUCAGGACACAAGUGAGACAGGACCCUGAGGUUCCCUCUGCUGUGGCAGCUAUCCGCACUCUCCUGGAGUUCCUCAAAAGAGACCAAAGUGAGACCAUCCUGGGCUUGAGAGAGAACCUGACCCAGACCAUCAGGCGUCUGGAGGAGGCUGACUCCUCUGUGGCUGUCUCGUCUGGUGGCGAACUGUUCCUCCGCUUCAUCAGCCUCACAUCGCUGGAGCACCCUGAUCUCUCUCAAUGCAAGAAAGUGAUGGUAGAGAGAGGAGAGCUCUUUCUUAAGAAAAUCUCCCUUUCCAGGAGUAAAGUAGCAAAACUCUGCCAUACCUUUAUCAAGGAUGGUGCUAAAAUACUGACACACUCCUCCUCCCGGGUGGUUCUUAAGGUACUGGAGAGUGCAGCAGCUGACAAGAAACGCUUCACUGUCUAUGUCACUGAGUCACAACCAGACUCUGCAGGAAGACAAAUGGCUGACAAAUUACGGAAUCUAAAUAUUCCGGUCACGGUGGUUCUUGAUGCUGCAGUGGGGUAUAUCAUGGAAAAGGUGGACCUGGUGAUUGUGGGUGCAGAGGGAGUGGUAGAAAGUGGUGGCAUUAUCAACAAGAUUGGCACCUAUCAACUGGCUGUGUGCUCCAAGGCUCACAACAAGCCUUUCUACGUUGUGGCAGAAAGCUUCAAAUUCGUCCGACUCUAUCCUCUAAAUCAGCAAGAUGUCCCAGAACGAUUUAAGUAUAAAGCAGACACACUGAAGGCAGUGGAAGACCUAGCAGAAGAACACCCAAUGAUUGACUACACACCGCCAUCGCUGAUUACACUUCUUUUCACAGACCUGGGGGUCCUCACUCCAUCAGCAGUCAGUGAUGAACUUAUUAAGCUGUAUUUGUAAACCACCAUCAAAUGAAUGACCUUGAUGCAGAACUUGAUCAAGUGAAGUCACCGUUCAAUACGCAUUUCAUUAAAAAUGUCAAUCCCCCAGGGAAUCUGCCUUAAACAAACCAAAAACA